AUUCUACUACUUGUCUGCAGGGGAGAGCUCCAUCUUCCGUAGCGGAUUCCUUCCAUUUCCAGUUUCAGCUAUGUCAAUGGCUUUAGAACUAUCAUCCCUACUCUUCUCGCUCCCAAAACCCAACCCCAAUUCCCCAUUUCGUUACCAUCCCCAAAACCUAAGAAUCCGAUGUGCCAAGAAAUCCAAGCGAACCGGAAAAUUCAGGUACCCAUCUGAGAAGAGGAAGCUAAAGCUCAAACAAGAAACUCAAGAUGACGUCGAUUCCAAAUUUGACGGUAUUUGGCGUCUAUCAAAACUUAACAUUUCUGUCCAUUUAGACCCUGGCAAAGAUUUCCUACAAGUUUCUGAUGCUUUACUCGAAGAAAUCGCUAAAGUUCUCGAAUUCCCAGUUGCAUCAAUGUUGCCAAUAGAAGCAUUCACUGUUGUUCGCAAAUCUUUUGAUGCACGAAAGUUUGUAAAGGAGCCCAAAUUUGUAUACUCUGUCGAUAUGGAUGUAAAAAAACUCUUGGAUCUAGAACCUCGAACUUGGGACUUCAUUUCCAGAAUGGAACCCAAAACUGGUAUAAUCGAGCACAUGCCAUAUGAGAAAGUUAAUGGUGACAUAAUGAAUAUGAUACAUGAUUAUAAGAAGAAAGAUGAAGGUGGGGAGGAUUCAUACAAGUAUGCAUCGAGUAAAAGACCAAAAGUAGCCGUUGUUGGUAGUGGUCCUUCUGGUUUGUUUGCUUCACUCAUUCUUGCUGAACUUGGAGCAGAGGUUUCGCUAAUAGAAAGAGGCCAACCUGUUGAACAAAGAGGGCGUGAUAUCGGUGCUUUGAUUGUUAGACGAAUACUACAAUUGGAAAGCAAUUUUUGCUUUGGGGAGGGUGGUGCAGGUACUUGGAGCGAUGGAAAACUAGUGACUAGAAUUGGGAGGAAUAGUAACAGUGUUUUAGCGAUUAUGAACACAUUGAUUCACUUUGGGGCUCCAAAGAACAUAUUGGUUGAUGGAAAGCCUCAUUUAGGAACCGACAAAUUAGUUCCACUGCUUCGGAACUUCCGACAUCAUCUACAAAAUCUUGGUGUUGAUAUCAGAUUUGGAACAAGGGUUGAUGAUUUACUUGUAAAGAAUGGAAGCAUUCAUGGGAUUCAGGUUUCUGAUUCAAGAAACAACUUGCAGCUAGACAGCAGUAAGUUGGAAUUUGAUGCAGUUGUUCUUGCGGUUGGUCAUUCUGCCCGCGAUAUAUACCAAAUGCUUGUUUCACACGACGUCGAUCUUGUUCCAAAAGAUUUUGCGAUUGGUCUGCGGAUAGAGCAUCCGCAACAGCUAAUAAAUGAAAUCCAGUACUCAGAAAUGGCAGCAGCUGUUCAAAAUGGACGUGGUAAAAUUCCUGUAGCUGAUUACAAGAUUGUCAAGUCAAUUGAUGAAUUAUAUAGUGAGAACACGACUUCUUCUAGCCGUGGGAUCAGGAAACGCGGUUGUUAUUCGUUCUGCAUGUGCCCUGGCGGUCAGGUUGUUCUAACCAGCACAAAUCCUUCGGAGAUAUGUACAAAUGGAAUGUCGUUCUCGAGGCGUGGAUCCAAAUGGGCAAAUGCAGCACUUGUUGUGACAGUAUCCCCUGAGGAUUUCGCUGAUUUCAAUUUCCAUGGACCUCUAGCAGGAGUUGAAUUUCAGAGGGAGUUGGAGCAGAGGGCGGCUAGAUUGGGAGGGGGCGAUUUCGUCGUUCCUGCCCAAAGAGUUACCGAUUUUCUAGAAAACAAUUUGUCAGGAGGUUCUUUACCAUCAUCUAGCUAUCGUCUUGGAGUUAAGGAAGCCAAUCUUAAUCAAUUAUUUCCAGAUCAUAUUACCGAUGCUUUGAAGAAUUCACUUCUUAUGUUUGACAAAGAGUUACCUGGAUUCAUUUCGAGUGAAGGUCUUCUUCAUGGAGUUGAGACGAGAACCAGUGCUCCUUUGCAAAUAACUCGAAGUUCUGAUACUUACGAAAGCACAACCUUAAAAGGGCUCUUUCCGGUUGGUGAAGGGGCGGGUUAUGCGGGUGGUAUUGUAAGUGCUGCAGUUGAUGGAAUGCUCGCGGGUUUUGCUGUUUCGAAAAAAUUGGGUCUUUAUGAUGGUUCUUUGGACUUGGUUUUAGGCGGCAAGGCUUUGAAUGGUGGAAUUUUUAAGUACUGAGAAAACAUAUCAUCAUCAUCAAAGAUUUUUGAAUGGUGAAGGGGUUGAAUAUUCAGAUGAUUAAAUUUUGGUGAUAUUAUAAUAUCAGUAGUCAGUUUUAUUUUGAUAAAUUUAAAUCCGUAACUAUACU